GCGACGGGGCGGGGCGCGGGGCCCCAGCCCAGCUCAGCCCAUCCCAGCCCAGGCCAGAGCUGACGGUGCGGGACUUGCGACGCCUGGAGGCCGGGAACACACCGUCUGAAUCGGCCAGGUCCCAGCAGCUGGGGUCUCUCCUCAGCCCUUGAGCGGCCAUGUCCAACCCCAGUGCCCCGCCUCCGUAUGAGGACCGAAACCCCCUGUACCCUCCACCCCAGGGUGGCUAUGGGCAGCCGUCCGUCCUGCCUGGCGGGUACCCUGCCUACCCCGCCUACCCACAGCCUGGCUAUGGUCACCCUGCUGGCUACCCACAGCCUAUGCCCCCCAUCCACCCGAUGCCCAUGCACUACGGCCCGGGCUAUGAUGGUGAGAGAGCAGUGAGUGACAGCUUUGGGCCUGGAGAUUGGGAAGACAUGAAAGUUCGACACACCUUCAUUCGAAAGGUGUACAGCAUCAUCUCCGUCCAGCUGCUCAUCACGGUGGCCAUCAUCGCUAUCUUCACCUUUGUGCAGCCCGUCGGCGAGUUUGUGAGGAGAAACACGGCUGUCUACUACGUAUCCUAUGCCGUCUUCCUGGCUACCUACCUGACCCUUGCCUGCUGCCAGGGACCCAGACGCCGUUUCCCAUGGAACAUCAUCCUGCUGGUCCUCUUUACUCUUGCCCUGGGCUUCAUGACCGGUACCAUUGCCAGCAUGUAUCAGACCAAAGCCGUCAUCAUUGCAAUGAUCAUCACGGCCGUGGUGUCCAUUUCAGUCACCAUCUUCUGCUUCCAAACCAAGGUGGACUUCACGUCGUGCACAGGCCUCUUCUGUGUCCUGGGAAUUGUGAUGAUGGUGACUGGGAUUGUCACUGCCAUUGUGCUGGCCUUCAAAUAUGUUUACUGGCUCCAUAUGGUCUAUGCUGCUCUGGGGGCCAUUUGCUUCACCUUGUUCCUGGCUUACGACACGCAGCUGGUCCUGGGGAACCGGAAGCACACCAUCAGCCCAGAGGACUACAUCACUGGCGCCCUGCAGAUCUACACGGACAUCAUCUACAUCUUCACCUUCGUGCUGCAGCUGGUGGGGAGUCGCGAUUAAGAGCACCCCCAGUUCUGCUCCACCCAGGGCUCUCACAUCCCUAGAGGGCUGGGCCUUAUGACCGGGGUCUAGGCCACGGGCCCCUUUCCUUCCCCUCAAGUAAUAUGCCCAGUGUCCUUUCUGUCCUGUGUGGUGGCCUCUCUGGCUGUGGAUAUAUGGGUACCACCCAGUGGCGCUGGAGGAACUGGGAACUAACUCUUGGCAGGGACUAGGCUGAAUAUGUACCCACUAUGUGGCACCAAAUUCUUCUUAACUGCUGGAGUUAGAGCGGGGAGGGAUGACAAGAGCCUAUUCUGUAACUAAAAGGGAAUAUGGAGGUGGAAGUGACUUCCAGGUGGCGAGGUUUCCCCUCCCACUGUUGCCAUAGGCUUCUGGGCUAAGUAGCUGGGGCUGUUUUCCUUCAACCCCUAACAAAGAGCUUUGUCCCCAGCCUCCGGGCCUCCCACAGCCUUAUCCUGUACUCCUUUGGCAAACCCUGGCACUCCCCAGCUCAGGGAGGUGUCAUAAAUCUGUGCCUGUGGGCCCCCCUGCUUCAGCUCCUCUUCUGAUGGCGUGUAUAUACUAUUUAUCUGGGUUGGGGGCAGGGGAGGGAGAUGAAAGCAAACAAAGUCAAGUGCAGGGGCCAGUACAGAGCAGCAUCUACUCUGGGCUUCCCAUGGCUGUGGCGGCAGAGAAAGCAGGCCCACUUGCAGCCCUCCAGUCCCCAUUCUCCCAGGCUGCCUGGGGUCGGGCCUGGGGGGCUCCCUGGUGCUUGAGAUCUCUGGUCAGAGGGCUCUCUUGCUUCCCAUGCUCAGGCUGCUCAAAGUGAGGGGCAAAGGUCAGGAGAUGGUGUGGUUUGUUAGCGCCAUUAGUGUGGCCAGGAAGGAACCGGGAUGGAGAGGCUGGGCGGGGGGCAGGGAAAACCCCUGGCGGCACCAGUCCACAGGCCAUGAAGCCUGGAGUGGCACCUGUGGAAGCUUCUGUGUUCUUUCCUUCUGCUCACCUGGGGAGGGCACUGAGAGGAAGGAGACUUCCCCUCUGUCCUUAACUCUCACUGCGGGCUUUUAGACUCGGAUCCCUUCUCUCCAGCCAGCUACUGCUUUCUUUGUGACACCAAGUGCCUCAAGCUGGAAGGGGGAAGGAGGACAAGGGUCACUCUAUCGGGUGGGGUGGAAACCAAAUCAGCCCAAGGGUAUAAUUAGGACUCCUGUAUUAAGUCCUUGGUCCUGAGUAUAUCACGUAAAAGGAUAUAACUAGAUAUGUAAUAAAGUUUUAUGUUUAGAAGUUAAAA